UGUCGGACUAGGCCAAGACCAGAAACGCAGCUUUAAGUCAGACCGUCGGCCGCUCGUUGAGCCGACGCGUAAAAUCGAAGCAACGAUUUAGCGCGGUGGAGCUCGGAAAGUCGGACCGCUUUCGCAGCUGUAAGUGGUUCGGCGGCCUUCCUCUGGACAAUCUCGGGUCGCAAAAUCUCGUGCUCUGGGUUUUGUGUUUGGAGGCUAAAGCUCGGAACUUUACCUACUAAAGAGACGCAGCUGGAAAGAGGGGUAGGGCUCCGAUAAUGGCGAACUCAGCCGGGCAACCGAGUCGAUCGAGGGACUUGGACAAGCUCCUUCUCAGGCCAGGAAAUCUCGUCGGCGAGAACUUCGAACCGGGUCAGCAAUUGAGGGAUGAUCUUCGGGAGUAUGUUCGAAUUUUGGUGGUGGGUGCGGGUGGAUUGGGCUGUGAGCUGCUCAAGGACUUGGCUCUUUCCGGUUUCAAGAAUCUAGAGGUUAUAGACAUGGAUAGAAUUGAGGUUACUAAUUUGAAUCGCCAAUUCCUGUUCAGGCUUCAAGAUGUUGGUAAGCCGAAGGCAGAGGUGGCAGCCAAGCGUGUCAUGGAAAGAGUUAGUGGGGUGAAUAUUGUGCCUCAUUUUUGUCGAAUUGAGGACAAAGAGAUCGACUUUUAUAAUGAUUUCAGUAUUAUUGUGCUUGGUCUUGAUUCAAUAGAGGCUAGAAGCUAUAUAAAUGCAGUUGCGUGUGGUUUUCUUGAGUACGAUUCUGAUGACAAUCCACGGGAAGAGACAAUGAAACCUCUUGUAGAUGGUGGCACUGAAGGUUUUAAGGGUCAUGCCAGAGUUAUUUUGCCUGGGACCACUCCAUGCUUUGAGUGUACCAUCUGGCUGUUCCCCCCUCAAGUCAAGUUCCCUCUAUGCACUCUUGCUGAGACCCCUAGAACAGCUGCUCACUGCAUUGAGUAUGCUCACCUAAUUAAGUGGGACGAGGCGCACAGUGGAAAGUCAUUUGACCCAGAUGAUCCUGAGCACAUGAAGUGGGUCUAUGAUGAGGCUGUGAAGAGGGCAGAGCUUUUUGGCAUUCCAGGUGUUACAUAUUCUCUCACUCAGGGAGUUGUGAAAAAUAUCAUACCAGCCAUUGCUUCCACGAAUGCAAUUAUAUCAGCUGCAUGUGCACUCGAAACUUUGAAGAUUGCAUCAGGAUGCAGCAAAACACUGUCAAACUAUCUAACAUACAAUGGUGUGGAAGGCCUGCACAUUAAGGUGACUGAAUUUGAGAAGGAGAAGGACUGUCUUGUUUGUGGUCCAGGUGUUCUUAUCGAGCUGGACGCUUCAGUUACUCUUCAAAAGUUCAUUGAUCUGCUCGAGGAACAUUCAGUACUCCACUUGUCGAAAGCAAGUGUGACACACAGAGGCAAGAAUCUGUACAUGCAAGCACCACCAGUUCUGGAAGAGAUGACCAGAUCAAAUCUAAGCUUGCCACUUUACGAGCUCAUGGGUAAAGUUCCAAAGGACAUCUUGCACGUUACUGGUAUGACCAUUAAGGAUGAUAAAAAGACAUCAUGCCUGAGGAAACUGCGCAUCGUUUUCAAGGGGAUCGAUGGAGUUACAGAUGUGGACAUGGCCGGCGGUGCAUAAAGCUGCAGAAGCUAAUAGCAGUAGAGGUUUGUGGCCAAAACUUGAGGGGUUUUCCCCUUCUUCUUCUAGGUGUUGAAGUUGUCUUACAGAGUGCAGCACGUGCAGUGAUGAAGAAGGCACCUUACUGUCGUCAAUCAACCCGUAGAAUUGUUUUUGAUUAUCCCCCGUGAGAGGGUUAUUAUGUACAGCGGAGGAAGCUCGGGUGGACAACUUUAGCUUCUAUGUCGAUUUGAUGAACCUUUUUUUUUUCUCGUCGAAAAUUUCAUCAUCACAUGCUGUUGCACAUGGUAAAGAGCAGUCUUUUCAGUGGAAAAUGUCCUCUGACAAAGUGAGGGAAUUGUUUGACAUGCCAUGGAAUUGAAGCCAUCCCUUUUAGAAAAUUGGAUUCAUGUUGUGGUGUGAAGUGAUACAUAAUAUGCUUGCUUCAAUGCUUGAUUGAGAAGUAAAGCUGAAUUCCCCUUCACUAUUCCAUUGUGUUACAGCUCAAACAUCAAUCACUAUCAAAAUAACCCAGAAGUUUUAUGUUAGAACUUUCAAUAUGAUAAUCGUUUACCUUAUCGUAAGAUCACUCGUAACACGGAGAUUAGUUAAUAUUCCCUAUAAGAUCAUCAUUCAUAGUCAGAGAUUAGUUAAUACAGAUGUAGUUGACGACAAAGAUCCUCCUUUCUUCUACUUAUUAGGGCUUGAGCAGAUGGAAGUUCUGAUGAUCAGAGCCUUGAUGCUGUCUGAAUCAAGUAUACAUAUUUUGAACCUUUCAAAAUUGGAGGAAGCAAUCAACAAAGGGAAUUAAAUGUAUUGCCAGAAGUCCAGAAGUAUGAAAAGAGACAUUCAUUUGAAUUGUCAGAGGACAUAUAGUCUUACUUGACUGCAAACCAUCAGACAAAUCAAUUAGGCAAAGAUGAGCAGGAGCGGUUGCAGUUAGGAACGUUUUACAGCUAACAACACUGUAGUACGUAAGUACUGUGCAAAAGGGAAAUUGUUCUUCAGGAUGGAGGAAACUCCAAAUUUUCCAAAACAACACUUGAAGUUGAAAGCAACCUCAUAUGGGGGAUGGGAUUAUGGAGAUCUCCCCCGUCCUUUGUUCUGGGAGAGCUCUGGGUCCCUUUUCAGCCAGCCAGGCCACCAAAACGUGUGGACCAAAUGACACACUAUGAUUCAGGCACUUGGGCAUGCGCAAAAUGAACAGCGAAAGUCAUAUUGCAGCUGUUUAAUAAACUCCAAACCUACCACCAUCCUUCAUUUUUACCCUUGCCACUUGGCGAAGGCCAAGCGCUCGUCUUCCAUUGAGAAGUGCAUCUUAUUUCGAUAUACUAUGAAAAUCAAUUUUGCAGCAGAUUAUCUGAUUCUGGGGCUAUGGAUUUUCUUUGUAUUGUCAUAUCACAAAUUAUUGCUGACCCUUUUCUCCUUUACUCACUUUGGUAUGGAACUCUUAAUAUUUUGAGACUCGAUUAAUCUAUAAUACAGGUUAACGAAAUCCAAGAAACCAGCCUCCAGAUUUCAUUCGGAAAAUUUAUAUACUUGGUCCAUUGCUGCAUGCCUCAUUAUUGGACCUUGUCUGGUCUGGCUUUGACGGUUGCAAAAGAUACUCACUCGUCUUCUUAAUAUCAGUUUAAUGCUUGACCUGGUGCUGGCACCGUCCCCUUAUCCACAUUCGAGUCAAUAAUUGAGCCAUGGAAGCUAUCUUUCCCCCUUUGUUUCCUGGAACUCGACCUUUUUUCAACUGUUCUUUCUUUCUUUCUUUUUUUAUCAGCUAAGGUUUGAUUCAUUACCAGUUAAUAAAUCAGUACAAUUGAAUGACACUGGCCUUGCCAUGUCCCCACCUCAAGAGGGUAUUUGCAUUGAAUCCAAAUCCAAUAAUGCUCAGUGAUAAAA